CCCAGCAAUCCUCCUCCCACCAACAAAGGCCGGCCAGCAUCCAGUCUGCCUUCCUUUUCCCUACGAUUCCUGCUUCCUCCCUUUGAUUCGAGCCGAUCACACACAAGGCUGACCACCACCGAGCCCAGGCGAUCCCCCUCGCCUCAUCUUUUCUCGUAUUCUCCCAAUGCUCGUGGAGGCGGUCGAUGACGCCAGGCGGUCGGGAGUCCCGUUCGUCCCAGCAACCUGAAAUUUCCAGCCUUUAUCGCCCUGUCCAUCUUCUUCGUCCGGCCUCCAAUCCCGACCUAUUCAAUUCGCCGGCCUCGUCCGGCUUCAUCGUGACCUCUCCACUCUUCCAAACCAGCGCCGGGUGUCAAAUUCGCCGUGUUGCACGCUCUCGCGACUCAUUUGCUCGCCGACCACUUCCUGUUCCUGCUGGCACAGACAGGAUUCCACGGUGACGAUCCGGUCCUCUGCUGAUGAUCGCGCUGGCUUCUUCCGGUAGAGCCUGCAGUGCCGCCUGCAGUAGCCUACACACCGUCACUAGGGACGGCUUCUUGGCCUCCUUGGCUCCGAAACCAUCUGGCCUCCGAUACCCCCCCAUACCCUCCCCUCUCUCGACUCCUCGGUCCCCGCGAUUCUUUCCUCGGCGUGCCUUUCAUUCCACAUCGCCAUUAGACUCAUCCACUCCGCGCAUUUCGUAUCGAGUUGCUGCAUCCUCGUCCGGCAAAGGUCGCCGCUUCCAUCCGGCGAAAAACGCCUACAAUUUCACCCCCGAACUUCACGAGGCCAUUGGGGUCGCAACGGAUACACAGAACAAGGCGCUCCGGCGGAAGAGGAGGCCCGACAGUGGCGAGGAUGCGUUUUUUGUGAGCAGGGUCGGUCAAAAGGACUCCGGGGCCGUGGCCUUUGCCGUCGCAGACGGCGUGGGAGGCUGGGCCGAGUCCCGCGUCGAUCCAGCAGACUUCUCGCACGCGCUCUGCGGUUACAUGGCUCAGUCCGCCAUAUCCUGGGACUCUCCCGCCGAACAGUUGCGGGCGAAGAACCUUCUCCAGGCCGGCUAUGAACAGGUCGUGGCAGAUGAGACGAUUCGAGCCGGUGGAUGCACCGCGUCGGUCGGCGUGGGACUGGAAGACGGACGAGUCGAGCUGGCCAACCUGGGCGACUCGGGCUCUGUCCUGCUCCGACUCGCAGCUGUUCACCAUUACUCCAUCCCGCAAACCCACGGCUUCAACACGCCCUACCAGCUCAGCAUCAUACCGCCGCGCAUGCGCGCUCAGGCGUCCAUCUUCGGCGGGUCCUUCCUCGAGGACUACCCGCGCGACGCAGCCGUCACGAAUCUCCACAUGCAACACGGCGAUGUCCUUAUCCUGGCAACUGACGGUGUCUUCGAUAACCUCAACAACCAAGACAUCCUCAAGCUCGUCACGAGUCGCAUGGUUCUGACAGGCGCCUGGGCAGCAAACCCCAACUCCGGGAUCCGGCCUUCCGAGGACCUCAAACAGUUGACUGGCCCAGAGGGCCUGAAAUCCCUCCUCCCUUCGCCAUCCGCAUCCCCCUCCGACCCUGACUCACCGAAAGCAUCCUCACCCAGCACCCGCGAGCAAACCUACACCCUCCAGUCACUCAUCGCCUCCACGAUUGCCGGCGAGGCCAAACUGGCCAGCAUGGACAUGCGCCGCGACGGUCCAUUUGCUAAGGAAGCCCAGCGCUACUAUCCCGGCGACUGGUACCGCGGCGGGAAAGUCGACGAUAUUUGUGUGGUGGCCGUAGUCGCCGUGGACGAAGCAUACUCUGGUUAAUGCGAGAACCCUUGAGAAACGGGGACAAACUCC